AUGUCUAACGAUGGACUUCCCACGUACGAGGCUGUCAUGCAAAAGGUGAAGAGCUAUGCCUCCGAGUUUGUACAAACCGCGCAAGCCAAGAAGCUCCUCCUUCAAGCCCAUUAUUCAAGGUAUUCCAGAUGUCAACGCCAAGACGAACCAGAACCCCUCGACUUUUCGUUCCUUUCAAAGGAGGAGAAUGAGAAGCUUACGCUCGAGAUUGCCAAGCUGGUAUCCUCCGACCAGGGUAAGGCCAUUAUGCCGGCCGUGGCUCAUGGGAUCAACAAGGAUAUCGAGAGUAUCCGCAACAAGUUCUUCCCCAUGUUGAGGCACCUGAAGGAGGUGGAUGAUAAAGCUCAUAGUAGCUUAAAGUUCCAUGACAGAUUUGAGAAUGUGAAGACGAAAUUCAACACCGCAAUUGACAAUAAUUUUGAGGAUCUAAUUCUUCCACUCUAUAACAAUGACAGUAUAUCUCUAGACCGGAAGAAAAAGCUGAUUCGGGACUAUAUUGAGCAGCAGAACACUCAGAGAAAUCUGGGAAGCAGAAAAAGGAGUUUGAGGAUCUCUUGUCCGAGUGUGACAAGCUCGUUGGGGGACUUUAAAGACUUCGCCAAGGUUGAGCAGACCGCCAUCGAGGUCGAGAUCAAGAAGGUUGAAGAAGAGCUUGUAGCGCUCCAGGACAAGCUCGCAGCGGCCUUAGAGGACGCCAAGAAGUCACUGGGUAUUGGUCUUGCGGUCGGAGCCUUAGGGGCCGUGUUCUUGGGCUUAUUGUCCUUGCCCGCCAUUCUUGUUGCAGGAGCACUAGUCGCCAGCAUCGGAGCCACCACGGCGGCAGGCUUUGGCGCCUAUGCUAAUUCUCUUCAAAAAGACGUGGAUAACAAGCAGUCAGAGAUCAAGGUUAAGAAAGACAAGCUGGCCGAUAUAAAACAAGUUCGGCAAGACUUGAUCGAAAUGGGCGAAUACGACUUCCAGCUGAUGCAAAGGAGCCUCGACUCUAUCAUCAUGAUCUGGGAUUCUGCAAAGCGCGACGCCAACGAUGUUAUGUAG